AAUGCCUAAAUCCAAGGAAGUUCUCUCCUCCACCUCUGGAAGCGACUCUGACAGCGAGGUGGAGACCAAGGCAAAGAAGAAGAAGGUCAGUCCUCCAGAGAAGCCCGCCAAGAAACCCAAGACCGGCGAGAGCUCAAAGCCCGGGGGCUCGUCCCGCUCCGGCGGGGGGGCAGAAGACAACAUGUUCCAGAUCGGAAAGAUGCGGUACGUAAGCGUCAGGGACUUCAAAGGGAAGGUUCUGAUCGACAUCAGAGAGUACUGGAUGAACCAGGACGGGGAGAUGAAGCCGGGGAAGAAAGGCAUCUCUCUGAACCCGGAACAGUGGAACCAGCUGAAAGACCAGAUAUCAGAAAUCGACGAGGCCAUCAAGAGAACAUGAGCAUUCCCGUCUGUCUGUUUUUGUAGCUUCUUUUUCCUGUUUUCUAAAGUUUCUCUUGUUUGUAGUUUCCAGUUGUGCUCAGUGGGGGGCGCCUAUACUGUUUUUGUAUUUGAGAAUAAAGGUGAUGGGAGCGUGGA